UUUGAUUAUCGUGCACAUGCGUCGUUUGCUCUUUCCGUGUCUUGAUAUACCGGCAAAUAAUUUCAUAAAUUUUAAGCAAUCACAAGUUUGUCUUGCCUGUUUUCACAUUCGUGCCUGAUGGUAUCUUUAUAUACAAGAAAAUCAUGUUUGUGUUUAGUUGACGAUUACGCGAUUUCCUUUCGUUUCUUUACUCGGUUUUACAUGAAUAUGUCAUCGUCCGACGAAGAGAGUGAUCAGCUGAUGGAUCUGGAAGCGAUCCGCGAUCAAAUGUUGACUCAGAAGAGUGAACGUAUGCAAGUCAGUGCCUGGGAAGAUGACGACGAUGGAGUGGAAGCCGAUCGCAAUGCAAAAGAGCCUGAUGAGAAGAAGAUUCUCAGUGCUGCAGAAGAUGGGAAUUUAGAAAAAUUGAAGAAACUGUUAAUGAAGAAUCCGUCUCUGGUAGAGUGUACAGACAAAGAUGGUUAUACUCCUCUGCACAGAGCAUGUUAUGGAAAUCAUGUGCAGAUAGUGGAGUUUUUGCUUCAGGCAGGAGCCAAUAUAGACUCUAAAACUAUGGAUGAAUGGCAACCUUUGCAUUCUGCGUGCUGCUGGAACAAUGUCGAAUGUGCAGCUAUUUUAAUUCGACACGGGGCAGAUGUGAAUGCUAGGAGUAAAGGAGAUCAGACACCUUUACAUCUAGCGUCUGCCAGCUCACACAAUUCUCCUUGCUUGCAACUUUUCUUGCUACAUCCAGACACCAAUCACACGUUGGUAAAUUCAAGCGGGGACACGGCAGAACAAAUCGCAAGGAGAACUGGAAAGUAUUACCCACUGUUCGAAAUCACCGAGGACUGCUUGAACGUCAUUUAAGGUAAGUCAUUCUUCGGGUUUACUAUAUUUAUCGGACGAGUUUAUGAUACACACAUUAGAACGUUCGAAACAUAUAAAGGUUGAUAAAGAUCGUAUCGUCAAUAUUCUAUUUAUAUAAAUACAUGUGUAACGGUAGUUUACUCCAGCUGAGUAUAAAAAUAUGCGCACGUAUGUUACGAGAGA